GGCGCGCCUUUGCUCGAAAAUUGUGCCGCGCGACACACGCAGCGCCAUCGGUACACACGGGCGUGACUUCACGGCUCGGAUAGCUGCAGCAACCGCGCCAGCAGCCGACCGGUGCAGCGCGCUGGCCAGGAAUUUGCUGAGGACCAAACUGCUGGAUAUACGGGCGCCGCGCAGUACGCGAGCGCCGCAGAGCUUUCUAAGCUAAGGCACACACGCAGCGCCGACGCCAGUCGACGCCAGCCCCCCUCCGAGCAAAUCCAGCCAAGCUAAGGCCCAGGCCGACGCCGGCCGACGCCAGGAGCAAGGAUGUCCUCCUUCAUCCGAGCCUCGAAGUACCGCCACGUCUAUGUGGAACCCCCCAAGGUCGACCAAACUUAUAAGGGCUUCCGCCUCGCGACCGUGACGGGCGAGCAACAAUACAUCAAAGCGAAUACGACCUUCUUCGCCGUCGCGCUGCAGGGCGGCGGCGGCCCCUUCGCCGUCGUGAAACAUAAAGAUGUCGGCGAGUACAAGGCCGGCACGCCGCUCGUCGCGGGCCACAAGUCGGCCGUGCUCGACUUGGAUUUCAAUCCGUUUCACGAGCACGUCAUCGCGUCGGCUUCUGAGGACUCGACGAUAAAAAUCUGGGGCAUCCCGGCCGAUGGAUUAACUGAAACAUUGACGGAACCCUUGGUCGACCUCCACGGCCACGGCCGGAAGGUGACUUUGUUGCGAUUCCACCCCACAGCCAAUAACGUCCUGGCUUCCGUGAGCGCGGACAUGGCUGUGAAAGUGUGGGAUAUUGAGAAAGGUAGCGAGUCCGCGAGCUGCGACGAGCACAAGCAGCUCAUCCAGGACAUCGUCUGGGACCACGAGGGCAAGGUCUGGGCGACGUCCUCGAAGGACAAGAAAUUGCGGUUAGGCGACCCGCGCUCGAAAUCCAUAGUCGGCGAGAUCGACCAGGCCCACGCGGGCGCCAAGUCGACGAAACUUUCAUUCUUGGGCGGCUUCGACCGGCUCUGCUCCGUCGGCUUCACCAAACAAAGCCAGCGCCAGAUCAAGUUCUGGGACGUGAAGAAGUUGGGCGGCGAGCCCGUGCACCAGAUCCAGUUGGACCAGGCCUCUGGUGUGAUUAUUCCCUACUACGACGUGGAUACACGCGUUUUAUACUUAGCGGGCAAGGGCGACGGCAACAUCCGCUACUACGAGAACAUCGCAGAGAAGCCCUGGGCCUUCGCGCUGUCCGAGUACCGGUCCACCCAGGCCGCCAAGGGCACGUGCUUCGUGCCCAAGCGCGGGUUAGAUGUGAUGAGGUGCGAGACGGCACGCUGUUUGAAAUUGGUCUCCCAAGCGGGCAAGGGCUCCGUCGAGCCCCUCAGCUUCAUCGUGCCGCGCAAUUCCGACGCCUUCCAGGACGACAUCUUCCCCGACGCCUUCUGCGGGGCGCCGUCGAUGACUGCGGACGAGUGGUGGGCCGGCGCGAACGCUCCCCCCAGAACCGCGCCGCUCGACCCGGCCAAGGCGGGCGCCGGCGUCUCUACUGUAACCAAGACGUUCACGAAAGUCAAAACGGCGGCGCAGCUGCAGAAGGAGUUGGACGAGGCGCUCGCGAAGAUCGCGCGGCUCGAGAAGAAGUUGGCCGAUGCGGGGCUGUCGGCCGAGUAGCUGGCGGAAGGAGAGUAUAAGUAGUGCGGAUAUAAU